GAGGGUUUCGGCUACUGCUAAAACCCUAUUCUUCUUCUACUUUCUUACCGCAAAUGUCUUCAACGACAGAAGCCCGGGCCGCCGCCACACCCUCGAGGGUGAGUCAGUCCACCAUAGAGGCGGCCGUAACCGCCCUAUUGAAACACAAAUCCGCUCAAUCCGCAAACGAGAAGCUCCAGUUACUACCACAAGAUGAUUAUUUCUACCUAAAUCUCACCCUCAGAAAAAUCCCAUCAAACCCUCGCACUAAUCCCUACCGAAUCCCGCUUCCCCACCCGAUUCUCGACGCCGCCGCCUCGGAGGUAUGCUUAAUCGUCGACGACCGUCCCGGGACGACCACGCCGCCGUCGGAUCAGAUCAAGAAAUUGAUCAAAUCGCAGAGCAUUCCGAUUUCGAAAGUGAUAAAGCUGUCGAAGCUGAAGGCGAACUACAAGCCCUUCGAGGCGAGGAGGAAGCUUUGCAAUAGUUAUGAUAUGUUCUUGGUUGAUAAGAGGGUUGUUCAUUUGUUGCCUAAGUUGAUUGGGAAGGAGUUUUUCAGGAAAAAGAAGCUGCCUUUGGGGGUGGAUUUGGGGAAGAAGAAUUUGAAGGUUCAGGUGGAGAGGGUUUUAGGGAGUGCGUUGUUGUUUAUUGGGAAGGGGACGUGUUCGGUGCUUAAGGUUGGGAAGAUGGAGAUGGAGAAGGGUGGGAUUGUGGAGAAUGUGGUGGAGGCAAUCAAGGGAGUGAUUGAGAGGGUGCCGAAGAAGUGGGAUGGUGUGAGGAGCUUGCACUUGAAGUUGUCUGAUUCGGUGGCGUUGCCGGUUUAUCAGGCGUUGCCGGAUGUGAGGCUGAAGAUUGAGGGGUUGAAGGAUGUGGAAGAGGGAGGUGAGGUGAGUGAGGUGGUUAGUGAUGGUGAGGGUGGGAAGAAGAAGCAGAAGCAGAAGCGGAAGGGGAGGAUUCAUGAGGUUAGAUAUAUGGAUGUUGGAGAGGAUGUGAAGAGUGAUAGUGAUGUUGAUAUGAAUGAGAGCGAGGCAGGGGAGAAGGGGACUGGAGAAUCGGGUAGUGAUGAUGAGGAUGAGAAGGUGAAGGAUGCGGAGUUGAGGGCUGAUGAAGGUGUGGGGAUGAGAAGGCGCAAGAAGCAAGGCGUCUUAAAGGAUUUGAAUGAGACCAAGGUGGGAAAGAAGGGGGUUGAAGUUGAAGAAGCGAGCAGCGAUGAUGAGGAUAAGAAGGUGAAGGAUGUGGAGAUGAGGACUGAUGAGGGUGUGGGGAAGAGGAGGCGCAAGAAGGAAGGUGUCGCGGGGGAUUCGAGUGGGAAGAAGCGGGUGAAGAAAAGUGAGGGGGUGAAACCAAAGAAGUCGGGUGCAGCUGCUGAAUCGGAGGGGAAGAAGAAGAGCGAGGUUGGGAGAAAGUCGAAUAGCAAGGUGAAGGAUGUGAAGAAGAAGAAAAGGGUGUCAGGGAAAUGAUCAAAUUCAGCUAGAGGUUUCUACCUUAUUAAGUUAAGGUAUGAGGAAUGAGGAUUGUGUUGAUUGAAUUUCCAAAAAGUUUUGGUUAAAAUAGUGGUACUAUAAUCUUUGAUCGUUUGAAGAUGUUAAUCGUUUUUUUAAAUUUAGAAUUGUUGUUGUCUUUUCUUGGAAUUUUGCUUGCAUUUGUGCAUCAGCAGAUGCUUAUGAACAUGCUUGCACCGUUUUCUUGAUUCCGAA